AUGGCUACCGCACAGAUCUCAGAGAACCUCAUUACGCUUAAGGGAUCGACUGAGAUUGUCACUGAAUUUUUUUCGUACAGCAUCAACACCAUUUUGUAUCAGCGUGGCAUCUACCCCGCUGAGAGCUUCAAACAAGUUCAGAAAUAUGGUCUGAACAUGCUGGUCACGGACGAUGAUAAGCUUAACGAUUUUUUUAGCAAGUUUCUCCAUCAGUUAUCAAACUGGCUAUUAAAGGGAGAAGCAAAAAAGCUAGUGCUGGUUAUCACAGGUAUUGAUACACAGGAAGUGCUGGAGCGAUGGGCGUUUGAAGUUUAUACCGAUGACAGCACAGAUGAAAGUAGCGAACCUGUAUCCAAGCCUCAGAAAGAAAUAAUGGCUGAGAUUCAGGCCAUUAUUCGUCAGAUCACAGCAAGCGUCUCGUUUCUCCCAAUUUUGGAAGAGCAGUGCGCGUUUGACUUACUCGUUUACACGGACAAAGAUUCGGACGUGCCUGCUCUGUGGGAAGAGUCAGAUCCCCGCUUUAUUAAGGAUUCUGCCGAGGUGCGCUUGCGCUCUUUCACAACGAAGCUUCACAAGGUCGACGCAAUGGUAGCCUACAAGAACCCUGAAGCUGACAUAUAA